AUGUCAAAUUCUGUUAUCCUUCGUCGUUUUCGAACACUUGGUGAAGAAAAUAAGGCAUUUGAGGCAGAAUAUCUAGGUAAAAAAGCUCCAUUGUCUCGGAAAACUUUGGGAAACGUCUACACAGUAAAUGGAAAUUCUUCUUCAAAAACUGACAAUAACAAUGAAAAGACGUCAGCAUCGAAAAAGGAAAACAGCAUUAAAAUCGGAUUUUUUGAGCUGUUUCGGUUUGCUUCCUGCUAUGAAAUUGCUCUGAUGGUGUUUGGAGGCCUCUGUGCUCUACUCCACGGUAUAGCCCAACCUGCUGUGUUACUGGUCUUUGGUUUGCUGACAGACACAUUCAUCGCGUAUGACAUAGAGUUACAAGAAUUAAAUGACCCAAACAAAGUCUGCAUAAAUAAUACCAUCAGUUGGGCCAAUGGCUCAGAAUACCAAAAUCAAAAUAACGAGCAAGUGCCCUGUGGGGUCUUAGACAUUGAAAAAGAAAUGACCAUGUUUGCUUAUUAUUACAUUGGAAUUGGAUUCUCUGUGUUACUAUUGGGUUACUUUCAAAUAUGUUUCUGGGUCACAGCAGCUGCUCGCCAGACUCAAAAGAUCAGAAAGGCUUACUUUCGACAGAUAAUGAGGAUGGAGAUGGGUUGGUUUGACUGUAAUUCGAUUGGAGAAUUGAGCACAAGGAUGUCAGAUGACAUUAAUAAAAUUAAUGAUGCUAUCGCUGAUCAAGUUGGGAUUUUCAUUCAACGUUUUGCGUCGUUUAUUAGUGGAUUUCUCCUGGGGUUUGUCAGUGGCUGGAAGCUUACACUGGUUAUCAUUGCGGUCAGUCCCCUGAUUGGAGUUGGAGCUGCUCUCAUGGCAUUGUCUAUCUCAAAACUGACUGGUCUUGGAUUAAAAGCUUAUGCUAAAGCUGGUUCUGUAGCAGAUGAAGUGCUUUCGUCCAUAAGAACAGUGGCUGCAUUCGGUGGCGAGAGAAAAGAGGUGGAAAGAUACGACAAAAACUUGGUGUUUGCUCAACGCUGGGGCAUUAGGAAAGGGAUCAUCAUGGGAUUUUUCACAGGCUACGUAUGGAUGAUAAUCUUUUGCUGCUAUGCUCUAGCAUUCUGGUAUGGAUCUCAGUUGGUUAUAGAACAAAAUGAAUAUACUCCUGGUGGUCUUUUACAGGUAUUCCUGGGGGUUCUGGUGGCUGCUAUGAAUCUUGGCCAAGCUUCACCUUGUUUGGAAGCUUUUGCAUCUGGCCGUGGUGCAGCUGUGAAAAUAUUUGAAACGAUCGACCGGGAACCCGAGAUUGACUGCAUGUCAGAAGAUGGAUACAAACUGUGUAAAGUGAAAGGUGAUAUUGAAUUCCACAAUGUGACUUUCAAUUAUCCUUCCAGGCCAGAAGUAAAGAUUCUCAAUCGACUUAGUAUGGUUAUCAAAGCAGGUGAAACAACAGCGUUUGUUGGACCAAGUGGAUCUGGUAAAAGCACAGCAGUGGAGCUAAUUCAGAGAUUCUAUGAUCCCAAACAAGGAAUGAUCACUCUGGACGGUCAUGACAUCCGUUCUUUAAAUAUUCCGUGGCUGCGUUCUUUGAUUGGGAUUGUUGAACAGGAGCCUGUCUUGUUCGCCACCACCAUUGAGGAGAAUAUUCGAUAUGGUCGUGACAGUGUGACAAAGGAUGAGAUUAUCAUGGCAGCCAAGGAAGCCAAUGCUUAUAAUUUCAUUAUGGAUCUGCCAGAGAAAUUUAACACCCUUGUCGGAGAAGGCGGAGGGCAAAUGAGCGGAGGUCAAAAACAACGUAUUGCCAUUGCUCGAGCUCUUGUGAGAAAUCCCAAAAUUCUGCUGCUGGAUAUGGCAACAUCUGCAUUGGACAAUGAGAGUGAGGCAGUCGUUCAAAUGGCACUUGAUAAGGUUCGGAUGGGUCGAACAACUAUCUCCAUUGCUCAUCGACUAUCCACAAUAAGAAAUGUUGAUGUGAUCAUUGGCUUCGAACAUGGAAGAGCUGUAGAAAGGGGGAAGCAUGCAGAACUGCUUGAGAGGAAAGGCAUUUAUUUCACAUUAGUAACUCUACAAACUCAGGGAGACCAAGCUCUCAAUGAAAAGAGAAGACAAACAGGUUCUACAGCUGAAGGAAAACCAACUGAAAAGCAGCAAUUCAUCAGGCAUGGGAGUACUCGUACAAGCUCACGAGCAUCGAUUCGUCAACGUUCCAGAUCUUACCCACUUUCUGAUCUGUCUGUGCCUGGAGAUGUUGCUUCAGUUAUCCGACGUCAAUCCGGAUAUCUUGAGGAUGAAGACAAGGUUGAAGAGGAAGAAGAAAACAUUGAGCCAGCACCAAUAACUAGAAUUCUAAAAUAUAAUGUUCAUGAAUGGCCUUAUAUGUUGUUCGGUUCACUUGGUGCUGCGGUUAACGGUGGAGUUAAUCCAGUUUAUGCACUAUUGUUCAGCCAAAUUCUUGCGACAUUUUCGAUGCAAAACGAAGAAGAGAAAAGAAAUCAAAUCAAUUCAAUAUGCUUGUUUUUUGUUAUCGUUGGACUUGUAUCAUUCAUGACUCAGUUCCUUCAGGGUUACUUCUUUGCGAAAUCUGGUGAACUGCUGACACAGAGAUUAAGGAAAUUGGGUUUCCAGGCCAUGUUAGGACAAGAAAUUGGCUGGUUUGAUGAUCGGAAGAAUAGCCCUGGGACAUUAACAACAAGGCUCGCCACAGAUGCAUCACAGGUUCAAGGGGCAACUGGAACUCAGAUUGGAAUGAUAGUGAAUUCUCUCACCAACAUAGGGGUGUCGUUGAUCAUUGCUUUCUACUUUAGCUGGAAGCUAACGCUAGUUAUACUUUGCUUUCUGCCUUUCCUGGCACUCUCUGGUGCUCUGCAAGCCAGGAUGUUAACAGGAUUUGCAAACCAGGACAAAGCAGCCCUUGAAGCUGCUGGCCAGAUAUCCAGUGAAGCACUGAGUAAUAUCCGAACCGUAGCUGGUCUGGCAAAGGAGCAAAUGUUUGUGCAAUUGUAUGAGGCACAGCUUGAAGCCCCUUACCAAGCUGCAAUUAAGAAAGCCAAUGUUUAUGGUUUGUGCUUCGGUUUCGCUCAGUCUGUAAUCUUCUUGGCCAAUGCUGCAUCAUAUAGAUUUGGUGGUCAUUUGGUUGUUGCUGAAAGCCUUCAUUUCAGCAUUGUAUUCAGAGUGAUUUCUGCCAUAGUAACGAGUGGGACAGCACUGGGAAGAGCUUCUUCGUACACUCCAGACUAUGCAAAAGCAAAAAUAGCAGCAGCACGCUUUUUCCAGCUGAUCGAUCGUGUUCCUGAAAUCAGUAUCUACAGCAAUGAAGGAGAAAAAUGGGAUAAUUUCAAAGGAGAAGUUAAAUUCAUUAACUGCAAAUUUACAUAUCCAUCUCGGCCAGACUUCCAAGUCCUAAAUGGACUUUCAGUUUCAGUGAAACCUGGCCAGACACUUGCCUUUGUUGGCAGCAGUGGAUGUGGAAAAAGUACAAGUGUGCAAUUGCUUGAACGAUUUUACGAUCCUAACGAAGGACAACUGCUGAUUGAUGGUCGUAACACAGGGACCAUAAACAUUAACUUCUUAAGAUCCAAGAUUGGAAUAGUGUCCCAGGAACCUGUACUUUUUAACUGCAGUAUUGCGGACAAUAUUAAAUAUGGUGACAACAACCGUGAAGUUAGAAUGGAUGAAGUAAUUGCAGCUGCGAAGAAGGCUCAGCUCCAUGACUUUGUGAUGUCAUUACCAGAGAAAUAUGAUACAUCGGUGGGUGCCCAAGGUUCUCAAUUAUCCCGUGGACAGAAACAGCGUAUUGCUAUAGCUCGUGCUAUUGUCCGGGAUCCAAAAAUUCUUCUCCUCGAUGAAGCAACAUCUGCACUAGAUACAGAGAGUGAAAAGAUUGUCCAGGCUGCUUUAGAUGAAGCAAGAAAAGGAAGGACUUGUAUUGUGAUUGCACAUCGUCUGUCAACCAUUCAGAACUCAGAUAUCAUUGCAGUCAUGUCUCGAGGAAUACUUAUUGAACAGGGAGCUCAUGAUGAACUAAUGGCUGCUAAAGGGGCUUAUUAUAAACUUGUCACAACUGGAGCUCCUAUCAGUUAAAUAGCUUCGUCAUAUUUGUUAAACAAUGAGCCCUUUCAAACAUUGAUAGUUAUCCCAGUUUUCUUCUCUAUACGGCCCAUUGAUUUAAAUAUAGCAACAUAUAAAAAUAUAUACUGUACAUAGAUUUUUAUGUCUGCUUGUCCAAGUAAAAUUCAUUCACAAAAUGUGUUAGAUUUUAAAAACUGAUAGAACAAUAUUUAGCUCUGCUUCCUAGUAAAAUACAUUAUUAUUUCUCUAUAAUGUCAAUGAUUGUCAAAGGUAUCUGACUUGUAUUAAAUGCAAGACAGUUGAUAAUGUUGUUCAGAAAGUUUCAAUUAUAUUGAAAAUAAAUACAGAAAUACCUGAAAUAAUGACGUUUUGAUCGGAGUUAAAGUGCUUGUUUGGAAUCUAAAAUAAAAUCAGUGUACGGUUGUCUGGAUGUAGUGUUAAUAAUAUUAUACUUACUUGAUUUCAUGCCUAACUAUCCAAUUUUAACAAAAGAUGUGAACAAUCUGUUGUGGGUAACACUAGUUUGUAACGGGGUCCAGAAUAGACCCUAUGAAUUGUGCUGCUAUUAAGAGAGAGAGAGGGAGGCAUCCAGCACAAUGAGAGAGAGAGAGAGACAGAAACUGCUCAAAAAAAUUGAUGUUAUGGUUUCUCUACCAGUUUGUUUACCUUUCCCCGAGGUCACUUGCCUGCUUGCAAAAGUUCAGGCAGAAAGCAGAGGGCAGAGCAUGUUGAUGGACAGCUGGUGUCCAACAGGUGGAGAUAAAAAGCAGGUCUGUGAUUACACAGGGACACACCACGAGACACACAUGUUCGGACACUGAGCGAGCUUUGUUGUACCCACAAGAAGGUGGGGUUUUGGAGGAUCGAUUCGGGGAAAUCGAUCAGUGACUCACAGCGUGAAAAGUUGCGACCGGUGGGGGAUUAUUUGUGUGUCCAUCCUUGCCUGAGUGAUAAUUCCACCAUUGAAGAUCGGUCGUACGUAUCAUGGUCAUAGUCAGUGACCACAACAGGACUUCGGAAGACAACGGGAAGAUCGAUGGUACCAGCUUUUUCUCUCUCUCUCUCUCUCUCUCUCUCUCUCUCUCUCUCUCUCUCUCUCUCUCUCUCCCCCCCCUCCCUCUCCCUCUCCCUCUCCCUCUCUCUCUCUCCUUCUCCCUCUCCCUCCCUCCUCAACUACAUACCACAAACUGAAUCAUCGUAAGACUCUAUCCAUUUACCCCUAGGAUUGAAACAGCCUAGUUUUGUUCCUAUUUCCACACACACUGAUAUUAUAUCAUU